GUGGUGGCAGCGGCAGCGCAGGGCAGGUGCGGGCUGCGGUGAGACCCGCCCGCAGCGGUAAUUCCACUCCGCCGCCUCAAUCAGUCAAUUAUUCAUCCCGCUCCGCUCGCGGUGCGGGGCCACUCGCGGGCCACUGAAGCCCCAGCGCUCCGGGGCUGCCCCGGGGCUCACGACCCGCUUUCGAGGAGGGAACGGGGUGCCGCUGUAACCCUGCUGCUGACCCAUGAGCUGCCAUGAGCUGCUGUGAAGCCGCCCAGGAGGGGGGCUGCAAGGCCCAGCAAUCUGGACGCAGGCCAAGAAGUCAAGAACUGCUGAAGCCCAGGUCUCCGCUCUCGUACUGACACCAGCGACCACCCAGCCCCGCCAAACCACAUGGCCCUGCUUUCCUGAUGUAUGAGGACUCCUGCGGGCGCCUGAGCGAGCGAGGCAGCCGCCGGCGGGGCCAUGGCCAGCACAGCCGUGCAGCUCCUGGGCUUCGUGCUCAGCUUCCUGGGCCUGGUGGGCACGCUCAUCACCACCAUCCUGCCGCACUGGCGCCGGACGGCGCACGUGGGCACCAACAUCCUGACGGCCGUGUCCUACCUGAAGGGGCUGUGGAUGGAGUGCGUGUGGCACAGCACGGGCAUCUACCAGUGCCAGAUCUACCGCUCGCUGCUGGCGCUGCCGCGGGACCUGCAGGCGGCCCGCGCGCUCAUGGUCAUCUCCUGCCUGCUGUCGGGCGUGGCCUGCGCCUGCGCCGUGGUCGGCAUGAAGUGCACGCGCUGCGCCAAGGGCACCCCGGCCAAGUCCACGUUCGCCGUGCUGGGCGGCGCGCUCUUCCUCCUGGCCGGCCUGCUCUGCAUGGUGGCCGUCUCCUGGACCACCCACGACGUGGUGCAGAACUUCUACAACCCGCUGCUGCCCAGCGGCAUGAAGUUCGAGAUCGGGCAGGCCCUGUACCUCGGCUUCAUCUCCUCGUCCCUGUCGCUCAUCGGCGGCACGCUGCUCUGCCUCGCCUGCCAGGACGAGGCGCCCUCCGGGCCCUACCAGCCCUGGGCCGGCCCGGCCACCGCGCCCGCCUACCGGCCCCCCGACGCCUACAAGGACAAUCGGGCCCCCUCGGCCAUCUCGGCCUCGCACAGCGGGUACAGGCUGAACGACUAUGUGUGAGUUCUGAGGGCCUGCCCCUCCCCGAGCCCGGAGAGAAGCCGGGACCCAGCCUGCUGAGUGCUUCAAGGUCCUGGCACAGAGUUUAUUUCUGGACUGUUUCUGUGUCCAAAGGAAUAAUGUGAACAUGAGGAAAUUGGCUUAGAACACGUGGAAGGAGGCGAGAUGAGAAGAGAAGAGAAGAAAAGCUCUCUAUACCAAAGACUUAAAAAAAAAAUCCUGUUUUUGUAUUUAUUAUAUGUAUUUAUGUGGGUGAUUUCAUGACAGCUGAAAAAAAAAAAACAACUUGCAGCUGGGUCAAUGGGAUUUGUUUGCAAGUCAGAAAUAAACCUUUUGGAUGUGGUUGUCUAUGAAAUGGACAAU